UGCCCAUCCAGGUCUAGAGCCAUUAGCAGGCUGCCCGGAGCAGGAGCUCUGGCCUCUCCAGGCAGCGGUGUCUGACAGCAGUUGUGCGGCCUUGGGGCUUAACAGCCUCCCCACAACAGCGGAUUCUCUAGCUACAGACAGCACAUCAGCCAAAAGUCCAAGUCCCAGGAGUUGUGUAGCCCUUCAGACCCAGUACGAAGAAUUUGUCUAUUUCUUCUUGGGGACCAUGGCUCUAAAGCGUAUUGAAAAGGAGCUCCUGGACCUGGCUCGUGAUCCUCCAACCCAGUGCUCUGCAGGCCCUGUGGGGGAAGAUAUGUUUCAUUGGCAAGCGACCAUAAUGGGGCCUGAUGACAGCCCCUACCAAGGCGGGGUCUUUUUCCUGGCCAUCCAUUUCCCAACAGAUUAUCCAUUCAAACCACCCAAGAUUACAUUCACCACAAGAAUUUACCAUCCAAAUAUCAACCGUAAGGGAAGCAUUUGUCUAGACAUCCUGAGAUCUGAGUGGUCACCAGCACUGACAGUAUCUAAAGUUCUCCUGUCUAUCUGCUCUCUAUUGUGUGAUCCUAACCCAGAUGAUCCACUGGUUCCUGAAAUUGCAAAAAUCUACCGCAAAGACAAGAAAAAAUAUGAUAGACUGGCUCGAGAGUGGACUGAGAAAUUCGCUAUGUGAUGUCAACAUGUAAUCUCAUGGCCGUAAUAAUAAAAGCAAUGCUGGUGGU